AUGGCCCAUUCUUUAUUGCUUUUUAGUUUUUUCAUUGGUAUUAAUUACAUUAUUUUUUUAAAUGGAUUAAUAACAAAUCAUUUUUAUACUUGGUUACAGUUAAAUGGAUAUCAUGAAGAUGAUUUUCCAUCAUUAAUUUUUGGAAAUAAUGGUAGUUUUGGUGGAAAAGAUACUGAAAAAUCAAUUAUUAAAAAAAGACCUGUUAUUUUUAUCCACGGUAAUGGAGAUGGAGCAUUAGAUGAUGGUUCAUUAUUAGGAUCAGGAUGGAAUUCAAGUUUAAAUACAUUUUUAAAUAAUGGUUAUACUAUGAAAGAAUUGUAUGGAAUAACUUGGGGUGAUAGGAUUAUGGAAAAUAAUUUAAGUCGAACUUUUGAUUGUAAAUAUGUCAAAAAAAUAAGAAGAUUUAUUUUAGCAGUACUUAAAUAUACAAAAUUUAAUUCUAUUAAUAUUGUAUCUCAUUCAAUGGGAGUAACUUUAACUAGAAAAGCUAUAAAAGGAGGGGCUAUUAAAGAGAAACAUGAUGUGUGUAAUAUUGGUGAACCAAUAUCUAAAAAAAUUAAUACAUUUAACGGUUAUUGGCCUGGAAAUGAUUAUGGUUAUGAUGAAUGUGGUAUUAAAAGUAAAAAUGAAGGUAGACAAAAUAAUUAUUCUAACUUUCUUCAAAAUUUAAAUGAAGAUAAAUAUCUAGAGGGACAAUAUAUAAUAAAUAUUUUUAGUACACAAGAUGAAGUUAUCGGAAACAAUAAUAUAGUUUUCAACAAAAACACAUCAAGACUUUCAACAAUUACUGAGCAAUUUAUUAGUGAUAAAUGGAGUCAUAUUGAAACUAAGGAUAAAUCAUCUUCUUAUGUUAUUGAAAUGAUAAAAAAGUAUGAUGAUUAG